AUGGUCCGGAACUACUCGCAUACCAAGCAAAAGUUGUCCACCGACAAUAGCAGCCUCUCCACCCUUUUCACACUAGGAGGCUAUCCCUGGUACAUUGAGUACUACCCCAACAACGAUAACCCAGACCGCACCAACUUCAUUUCUCUCUGUGUUAACGGUUACCAAGACAAUCUCCAACAAGAGCCCGUGGAGGUCAAUCUUGGUUUCAGCUUCAUCGACCAGGUUGAGAAGCAAAGGGGGCGGACGGCAAAGGAGAUUGCCGUCCGUGAUCCAUGCCUUUGUCGUCCGCCAUGGCGGACGGCAAAGAAGUGGAUUCCAGUAGUGUGUGACAUCAUGGUCGUUCGCAACAAGGAUCCCAGAACUGAGGAUACCACCAAGGUGCUCCUGCCUGACAUAGACCACCAUUUCAACGGUCUCCUUCAAACAAAGGUGGACGCCGAUGUGGCAUUCGAGGUCGGCGGUGAGACCUUCAUCGCACACCGGUGUGUGCUCGCUGCCCGAUCCAUGGUGUUCAUGGCACAUCUCUUUGGCCCCAUGAAGGAGGCGUCCAACAAUGUCAUACAGAUCCAAGACAUGGAAGCAAAUGUGUUCAAGGCACUACAUAGCUUUAUCUACACAGACUCAUUCGCUGUGAUGGACAAGAACAAUGUCAACAUGGAGGAGGAUGUAAUGGUACAAGUUAUGGAAGAUGGGCAAGAAAAGGAGGCAAUUUUAGAGGAUGAAAUGUUGCUGCAAUGGCUUCAACACAUGUUGGUAGCGGUUGAUAGAUAUGAUGUACAAAGGCUCAAAUGCAUCCGCGAGAAGCAGUUGUCUGAUAAGAUAGGUUUGAGCACGGUGAUCUCUGCUCUUGCUUUUGCCGAGCAGCACCACUGCCAGGGAUUGAAGGAGGCGUGCUUCAAGUUUAUCCAAGUCUAG